CGUUGACGCUCUCUGUUGUGAGCGCGCUUGUGCAUUUAAAAUAAAAUAGAAAAUGAGCACGCAAAAUAUGUAAUUCGGGAACGGACCCUAAGACAGUGAAAACACAGCAGCCUAGUGUGAGAAAUGGCACUGCCCUGACUUCUUUUAGUUGGAUAAACUUUGCACAGAAAGGGUCAUGGGGGGCCUGGAGCCUAUCUCUGGAGAUUUUGGGCAUGAGGUGGAGUACACCCUGCAUAGGGGCCUAACCUUAUAUGGCCAUGGGUGACACAGAGCUGGAGCUUUCUCCUUCUCACCUGGAGGAGCUACAGAAGAGUCCAUCAGCCUCGUCCACCUCCACUACCUCGUCUUUUUCACUGCCCUCCUCGCCAUCCUCUGGCCCACGGCCUCUGACCAGCUCCAGCCCUAGUGCCAGUGAAGGCCUGCCUGCUUCCAGCCCUCCACUGGAUGUCAUAUCAGAGGGUGUAGGUGAACUGAGUCUGGUUAUUGAUACUGAAGUAGCCAAGAUCGCCUGUCAGGAGGUGCUGCAGAAGGUGAAGUUCCUCAAAGGUGACGGAGAUGCAGCUGUGCCAACUGCUGAGCCUCACAUGGUGAAUGGGAUUGAUCACACUGAGCCCUUAACCGGGGAUGGUACGGGUUCGGGCAAGCCUCCGAAGAUCACGGAGGAGGAGGAGUUGCCAGCAGGGGGCACGGUGAAGAGUGCUCGCCGACGUCACAAGAACAACUCGUCCAAGCAGUCGUGGCUUUUGCGCCUGUUCGAGUCCAAACUGUUUGACAUUUCCAUGGCCAUCUCGUACCUGUACAACUCAAAGGAGCCUGGCGUGCAGGCCUACAUUGGCAAUCGGCUCUUCAGUUUCCGGGACGAGGACGUAGACUUCUACCUGCCGCAGUUGCUCAACAUGUACAUCCACAUGGACGAGGAUGUGGGUGAUGCCAUUAAACCGUAUGUGGUGCACCGCUGCCGCCAGAGCAUCGGGUUCUCGCUGCAGUGCGCCUGGCUGCUGGGCGCUUACUCGUCCGAUAUGCACAUUUCCACGCAGAGGCACUCGCGUGGCACCAAGCUGCGCAGACUCAUCCUGUCUGACGAGCUGAAGCCGACCGGUCAGCGUGCUCGCCUCCACCAGCAUCACCAGCAGCAUCAGCAGCAGCAGAAUCACAUCCUUGGCCCAAGCGUGAGCGAGCAUGGCCUCUCACCCUCAAAGCGCACUCAUCAGCGCUCUAAAUCAGAUGCCACCGCCAGCAUCAGCCUCAGCAGCAACCUCAAAAGAACAGCCAGCAACCCGAAGGUGGAAAGCAGUCAGGAUGAGGAUAUGAGCUCCAGUUCCGACAGUCUUGAGUUAGAGGCUGGUACCCCUGUACGCUUGACUCCACAACGUGAGUUCAUCAAGUCCCUGAUGGGCAUUGGAAAAAGACUGGCCACUCUGCCUACCAAGGAGCAGAAGACACAAAGACUCAUUUCUGAGCUCUCAUUGCUCAACCACAAGCUUCCAGCACGUGUGUGGCUACCCACUGCAGCGUUUGACCAUCACGUGGUUCGAGUUCCUCAUACACAAGCUGUUGUGCUUAAUUCAAAAGACAAGGCACCAUACCUUAUCUACGUGGAAGUUUUGGAGUGUGAGAACUUUGAGACGUCAAGUGUUCCAGUGAGGAUUCCUGAAACACGCAUCCGCAGCACACGAUCUGUAGAGAAUCUCCCAGAUUGUGGUAUCACGGCUGAACAGCGUGCCAGCAGCUUCUCUACCGUUCCCAACUAUGACAACGAUGACGAGGCCUGGUCUGUGGAUGAUAUUGGAGACCUUCAGGUUGAGCUGCCUGAGAUCCACACUAACAGUUGUGACAACAUCUCCCAGUUCUCAGUUGAUAGCAUCACCAGUCAAGAAAGCAAAGAGCCCAUUUUUAUCGCUGCUGGAGACAUCAGGCGGCGACUUUCUGAGCAGCUUGCCCACACGCCAACCACAUUUAAGAGGGACCCAGAGGAUCCCUCAGCAGUAGCCUUAAAAGAGCCCUGGCAAGAGAAGGUUAGACGAAUCCGGGAGGGCUCUCCAUAUGGGCAUCUGCCCAACUGGCGUCUCCUCUCAGUCAUAGUUAAAUGUGGUGACGAUCUAAGACAGGAGCUUCUUGCCUUCCAAGUGUUGAAGCAACUACAGGCGAUCUGGGAGCAGGAGCGUGUCCCUCUGUGGAUUAAGCCCUAUAAGAUCCUGGUCAUCUCCUCCGAUAGUGGCAUGAUUGAGCCAGUGGUCAAUGCUGUGUCCAUUCAUCAAGUGAAGAAACAGAGUCAGCUCUCGCUGCUUGACUACUUCCUGCAGGAGCAUGGCAACUACACUACCGAGGCCUUUCUCACUGCACAGCGCAAUUUUGUACAGAGCUGUGCAGGCUACUGUCUCAUCUGCUACCUGCUGCAGGUCAAGGACAGGCACAAUGGAAACAUUUUGCUCGACUCCGAAGGUCAUAUCAUUCACAUUGACUUUGGCUUCAUUUUGUCAAGUUCUCCAAGAAACCUUGGCUUUGAGACUUCUGCCUUCAAACUGACCAAUGAGUUUGUAGAUGUCAUGGGCGGUCAGGAUGGAGACAUGUUCAACUAUUACAAGAUGCUCAUGCUUCAGGGUCUUAUUGCUGCACGCAAACAUAUGGAGAAAGUCAUUCAGAUAGUGGAGAUUAUGCAGCAAGGCUCCCAGCUGCCCUGCUUCCAUGGUUCCAGCACCAUCCGUAACCUGAAGGAGCGAUUUCACAUGAGCCUGACUGAGGAGCAGCUACAGGUGUUGGUGGAGCAGAUGGUGGACGGCUCCAUGCGCUCCAUCACCACCAAGCUGUACGACGGAUUCCAGUACCUCACCAACGGCAUCAUGUGAACGUGGUGUGUGCGUGGACUUGAACUUUAUGACUAAGAAAAAGCUGCACCAUUUUCACUCCCAAGCCCUUUCGCAUCCUUCCGGCUUUCAACAUCCUAGCGUGACUGAGUUUUUGAUCAUGGAUUUUUUUUUAUUUUUUUUUGCUUUUUUUUUAAUCCCUCUCAAGAGGUUUCAGCUGUGAAAUUUUGCUUUGUCUUUUGAACCCCAUCCCCUACUCCCAAAGCCUUCCCUCAGCUUCUUAGUCCUUUUCUCAAACUGUAUUGUUUCCCCUGGGAUCUGGGAAAUCUUUCUUUGGUAUAUGCUUUUAUUCGAUAUCCUAGUGCCUCCUUUGAUUGCGCUCAGACUCAAACAGCUUUCGUGUCUCAUAAACUGGCUAUGUAUUUACAGUCUUAUAGUCACAUAUUCUUUUGCGCAGUUUGGUUUCGGUAUCACUAAGAAUUUCUAUUUUUAGUAAACAACUUACAGCUUUCACACCUACACAUAAUGCAAUCUCUGCUGAGAUAACUCAAAAGUGCACAAAGUCCUGUGUUAAGUAAUGCACAUUGUGUAAUAUGAGAAAAAGAGGUGUAACCAGCACAGAGUAAUCAGUGCAUUUUGUCUGAUCAGUGUUAAUUUAGCUUCAGGUUGAGGGAGGCUAACACUUCUUUCAAAACCAUGUACAAAACUUAAGCUAGUUCCCACUGGUUAAAAUACUUUUUUUUUUUUUUUUCAAAAAUGUGUCCCCUUAAAGAAGCACUAAUACUUCUUAAAUGGUUUUAUUUGACAUUAAAAGCAUACCUGCUGUCCAACUUGCCAGGUCCCAGAUGACCUUGUGCUUUCAGCUUCGUAGAGGUGGGAAAACCCACUGAUGCAGCAUAACAUGAAUGAGUUAUAAUCCCUAACAUCUAAUGACAUUUAAUUUAAAUUAACUAAAAAAUCUAAUUCUAACCAUGGUAAGUAUUAAAGUGUGAUAUGACAGAGCAAGAGUCAAAACACUAUUUAUUGCUUAUUUACAAUUACAGUGAAUUCUCAUGUACAAGGAUGGCUGACUUUUUUUUCCCUUAUUUUUCUUAUUUCAUUUCAGACUUUUUUGAGCAGAAAUAUGAUUCCUUAGUGUGUACAAAUGUACAUAGUAUAAAUUUUAAACUUCACAGAUGUACAUGGACUCUUUUCUUAUGAGUACGAUAGGGAGCUGUGCUGAAAUAAGUUACUUGGCCACUAAGCAGCGAGUAACUGGAGAUGUUGCUUUACGCGAUGAGACUGAGAGUUGUGUAAAUUGAGCAUAUGUUCAGAAAAAAAGCCUGCAAAUAAAUAAAUAACCCAGUGCAUUAUUAAUGUUUCAGAUUCCUAAAUGCACUAAAUCCACUACAUGCACACACACAACUCAUUAUUGUUGAGAGACAUUACCUGACCGUUUCAUUACCAAGACUUGUUCCUCCUUUCUGUAGAACCAGUUUUAAUUUACAUAUUUUUAGUGAAAGCCCAGUUUCUGUGAAAUAUUCAAACAUGCUUGAGUAAGACAUUUAGAUGUCGAUUUCACGUGUCUUCACAUUUUAUACUUCUCUUUGUUCUAUGUUUGUUUUUUGUUUUUGCUUUCUUUGUAAGUAGUUUGACGGACCAUCUCUCACUAUUUUGUGAAUGACCUGCCCUAACUUGUGAAUGUUACUUUGUAUAAUAAAUUAAAUGUAUCUGUUU